UACUUCGUUAGGUGAUGUUCAGAUAUUGGUUUAAGUUUUAAAAAACUUCUAAAUUUUGUUCUUGCAUUUGCGGAAGUGCGAUUAAGCCAAUUUAUAUUUUGUAAUCUCAGCCAGGGAAUAUUAUUUUUUUAGCACCCAAAUUUAACAAAAGAAACAUUGUCGGACCGUAUAUUUCGAUAGCUAACAAGGUUUUUAAAGAACUUUUCCUUCAACUAACUUGCAUUUUUCCUAAUCGAGGUAAAAACACAAUAAAUUAAAUUAAAACUUAAAUAUAUUUUGCACUGGAAACGUGGUUUCUUAGACAGACACUAAAGGCAGCACUUCUAUUGUGUCGCACAUUGCACAUUGUACAUAACUUUACCUCAACAUCAUGGUUUUGCUAAGAAAAUUCCUGCGUUAUCAUGUCAACAACGCCUUACUCCAAAGGGAACCGCCAUAUAUGUUUACUGCACUAAUAUGCAUACUUGUACCCCUAUGCUUCUGUUUUGUCGCUUACAUUUUGAUGUUUUAUGAUGAAAUCUGCAUAUCAUGGAAGGAAACGAAAGCUAAGCGUGCGCUUAUGGAAGUCAAUUGUAAGGGAAAGAAGAAAAAGUGUUCCCCUUUUGAAGUCCACUCACAGAGGAUGAAAAAAGAAUCCCGAAAAGUUUUCAAACAGGUUCUAUCAGAAAUUGAACUUACUUUAGCGAUAAAUUCAGAUGAUGAAAGUUCGGGUGAAGACAAAGUUGUCGUAACUAAGGAGCGUCCAACCGCUGUUGUUAAGUACAGUUACGUUGAAGCAUCUGCUUCUAAAGAGAACGUAACAUUUCAGUGUAUGGUUGAUGAAACUGUAGUGGAAAGUAAAAAUAAGUUCUUUCAGUAUGUUAAUUAUCAGGCAAUAACAACUACGGAUAUUGAAAAUGGAGAAGUGAUUGGCAAGCCAUCUAUCAAUAAUAUAAUAAACACAUUAACUGAUUUAGUCCGGGAUUCCUUUCGAACCUGCUUAGAUAAUUUUUCCAAGAAUUCAAUACUCAAAACAACUUCAAUUGAUGAAUUUCGUAGGGAGAUGGAAAAGGUCGAUUAACUUGUGUGAGUCCACACGGCUUCGGAUAAAGGAAAAAGUACACAGAUAUGAUGCUCUAUAGCGGAUACUCUAUGAAUCCGUAUGUUAAACACAACAAAAAAUUGAUGACUCUUAAAUUAAAAAGUACAUGAAUAAAUAGUAA